AUGGUUGCCUUCUCUUUGCCUUUGCUUUUCCUCGGCGCGUUGUCUUCACUCACCUCCGCGACAUCGGACUACCACGAAAGCCUCGUCCUCCAGCAACUGCCGCAAUCGUCAUUGCUGGCGUCCUUCAAUUUCCGAAGCAAUGCGUCAAAGGAGUCCUUCGACGAACGGAAUUUUCGAUACUUUCCGCGGGCGCUAGGUCAGAUCUUACAGCACGCCCACACCGACGAGCUUCACCUCCGAUUUACGACAGGAAGAUGGGAUGCUGAGAGCUGGGGAUCGCUCCCGUGGAAUGGAACCAAAGAGGGCGGCACAGGCGUAGAACUGUGGGCCUGGAUUGAUGCGAUCGAUGAGCAGGAAGCGUUUUCCAGGUGGAUCAGCCUGACUCAGUCGUUGUCAGGUCUAUUCUGCGCCUCACUGAAUUUCAUUGACUCAACCCGAACUACACGGCCGGUUACAUCGUUUCAGCCCACUGGAGAUCACUCUGCAUCCAGAAAUCUCCAUCUGCUGCAUGGCACGCUUCCCGGUGAAGUGGUUUGUACGGAGAAUCUGACGCCAUUUUUGAAGCUCAUGCCCUGUAAGGGUAAGGCUGGCAUAUCCAGCCUGUUCGACGGGCACAAGCUGUUUGAUGCCUCUUGGCAAAGCAUGUCAGUUGAUGUGCGUCCGCUCUGCCCGGCGCCGGGUGAAUGUCUUGUACAAAUUGAGCAGUCCGUAGAUAUCGCCCUUGAUAUUGACCGAUCGAAGCGAACACGUGAUGAUCCAAUACCCCGACCAGUUCUUCCAGACCAGCUUGUGUGCGACACGUCCAAGCCCUACCAUUCAGAUGAGACGUGCUAUCCUUUAGAACAAACAUCUGAAAAAGGUGGUGAAGAAACGGUAUGCUUGCGAGUACCGCACGAGCGAGGAGUUUGGAUUUCCCCCGGGACAAUGGAAUCCAAGAAGCCCGAUGGCUUCACGCGUUGUUUCAACUUGCAUCCUUCCAUCCCGUUUGAUAUAACAGUUCCAGAACAGGAGUCGACAAUUCAGGUGCCUCUGGACGAACCCAUCUUGCGCGCGGAACGGACGAUUGUCGGACACGGUCAGGAACGGGGUGGCAUGCGGAACAUUUUCGACAACCCAUCGGAUACCGACGCGGUCGAUUUUAUCUAUUUCGAGACUCUACCAUGGUUCCUGCGACCUUACAUCCACACACUGCAGGCCACGAUCAGCGGCCGUGACGGAGUCCGCCGGCAAAUUCCCGUCUCGGACAUUGUCAAAGAGGCCUUCUAUCGGCCCGCAAUUGACCGAGAACGCGGCACGCAGCUGGAACUCGCUCUGACGGUACCCGCUGCAUCGACGGUGACUCUAACGUACGAUUUUGAAAAAUCGAUCCUGCGAUACACCGAGUAUCCGCCUGACGCCAACCGCGGCUUCAGCGUAGCGCCGGCGGUGAUUAAACUGAGCGCCCCCGAUCGUCAAGGCCAUCCUAUUUACAUCCGCACGACCAGCCUUCUUCUGCCUCUGCCCACCCCUGACUUCAGCAUGCCAUACAAUGUGAUUAUCCUCACCAGCACUGUCAUUGCUCUUGCCUUUGGCAGCAUUUUCAACCUCCUAGUUCGCCGCUUUGUCACGGCCGAUGAGGCUUCCGCCAUCACGGCGCAGACUUUCAAAGGCCGGCUGGCGGGAAAGGUGGUCGCCUUGCGAGAUCGGAUCAGCGGGAAACGGGCGAAAGUGGAGUAG